AUGGCGGACUUCCUGUUGGGUCUAGGGAGGGAGAGGAAAGCGCCAACUCACUUCCACCUCCUCACGACCCUGCAGCAGAAAAAUGUUUGCAUUCCUGAUUUGCGCCUUGACUCUGCAGCAAGUGCACUCUGCCUGCGUUGUGCAGACAUUUGCACAGAAAACACAGAGGUUCAGAAUGAGAUUGUUGACCAACACAAUGCCUUCAGGAGAGCGGUUCAGCCUACUGCUUCUGACAUGCUGAUAAUGAGCUAUAGUGAGGAGGUAGCAGUCAGUGCUCAGGCCUGGGUUGACAAAUGUAUUUUGGCUCAUGGAGAACCCAGCACCCACAUGCUCAAUGGGUAUGAAUUGGGGUCAAAUCUGUUCUAUUCAUCCUCACCUUACCCGUGGACGGAAGUCAUUAAAGCCUGGCACAGUGAGGUGUCAAGCUACCUGUAUCCCAAAGGCUCCACCAACGGCCAAUCUAUUGGUCACUACACACAGGUGGUGUGGAACAGCUCCUACAGAGUUGGCUGUGGAAUGACAUUGUGCCCGAACAACAUCUAUUUCUACGGCUGCAAUUAUUAUCGAGCAGGAAACUUCAAGGGAUGGCCACCUUAUAAGGCUGGACCCCCAUGUGCUUCCUGCCCCAAUGACUGUGAAGACAAACUCUGCACCAACCCCUGUCCUUACAUAAACAAAUACAUCAACUGUCCUACCUUGAGCGUCACGACUGGAUGCGGCAAUAAGCUGGUGAAUGACUGGUGUCCUGCUUCAUGCAACUGCACCAAUCAAAUCAUUCCUAUAGCCUAAACACAAGCCAUUGAGUCUGCAAAUUGUACUCAAUCUACACAUUUACAUCUUUGUUGGUUCUCUGUCUAAGCUACUUUAACUGUAAUCAAUUUCCUGAAAGCUUAUAAUAAUAUACUCAUGACGUAACCAAAGAACAUAUUUCUGAAAAUAUUGUGGUUUAGCACUGGUUGCCUUAAAUUAAAGGGAUGUUUUGGGAGUGUUUUAAAUUAUGUAUCGCUAACCAAACCCCCUUGGGACACUUCGUCAGAGUUUUGUGAAAUAGUCCCAGUGUUGCAUGCACAUCAUGUUGGAUUUCACUCAACCUGCAGGGCCAUGCAUGAUGCCAUAUGGGGAUAUCUCCCACUCCGCGUUAUGAAUUGCAAGAAAUGUGUCAGCACAAGCAAGAAAUCCACCCAAGCUAAAGAUAAUAUAAACCACAAAUAUGAAUUCUACACAAUCAUACAAAAAAGACUACAUUGGAUAUCAAGUGGUGUAUGCUGUUUGUGUUAUGGUUGAUAAGAGUUAAACAUCUCAUGGCUUAUGCUACAACUAAAGUAAUGAGAUGUUUAACUCUUAUCAACCAUAACACAAUUACAACAUACACCAGCAUAUAUAUAUAUAUAUAUAUAUAUAUAUAUAGAGGAAAAUAGCGUCCCUCUACCACACGUCCCCUUGUGAUGCCACAAUAUAUGUAUGUAUGUACACACAUAUAUAUAUAUAUAGGAGCCAUGUAUAUUACGUUUGUUUAUGGUUUAUAGUUUUCACCUAUUACGUAACGUAGGAUGUCAUGGGGGUUGGUCUCCCAAUCAGUCUAUUUAUACACCUGGACACCUGCAUUGCGGAGGCUAGAGAGAGAGGGUGAGCUGGGGUUUUUGCAUUUUCUGUUGAUCGCAAGUUUUCCACAUUUAGGUUUACCUUUUUGCAGUAUUUUCAGACAACUGGAUUUUGUUUAUUAAUGUUUUUUUCCCACUUUCAAAUGAACAAUAAAUCCUCGAAAGCA